AUGUCACCAUCAGAAUUGGAAUCGCAUAACAAGCUUCCCCUCCUUACCUUGCGAGCUCGGUACCUCCCGUCUACACUAGGUAACGAGACACAUUCUGUGACAUUGGAGACAUCAUCAUCGUUGUCCGAUGCUGCAUUCACAAGAUGCUUUGAGCUUGUGAGAGAUAACUUGCAAGAUGUGUACAAGAGGAGUAGUAUGGGUUGGUCUUCGGUUAAGAAGAAGAAUGAAAUGAGGCAUCCUGCAAUCCGGUACCUACUCUUACGCACCAAGGAUGCGGCAAUGUCAAAUGAGAACCAUGACGAAGAACAGGGGCAGGGGCAGGGGCAGGAAGACAAUGAGUUGGAGGAAGAGGGAAACCAAGACUCUUGGGAAGACGAGGAAGAUCCAAGUAAAAUAGUUGGAUUCCUCUCGUUCAUGAUCACAGAAGAAGUAAAAGAGCAUGUGAUAUACAUCUACGAGCUUCAACUUGCCCAAAGCAGCCAAAACCAGGGACUAGGAAAAUUUCUGAUGAAUAUUGCAGAGGACUAUGGAAGGGCCGUUGGGAUGCCGAAAGCUAUGUUAACGUGUUUCUCUGAGAAUGUGGGCGCAAAGCGUUUCUAUCACCGCAAUGGUUAUGCGGUCGAUAAGAUAUCGCCUCUUCCGAAGAUGACUCGGAGAGGAGAGAUGAGAGAGCCGAGUUACUACAUCCUGGGGAAAUACCUUCGGGAGGGGAGGAACGAAGUAGAGAAAUCGAUUUAG